GGCAUUCGCUUUAUGGGCAAUAUGUGUAUUUGUCCCCAAUUUCGCAGUACCGUGCAUGAUACAAACAUCAAUAGUCUCGACCAAAGAACGCCGACCCAAAACCCGAACCAUCAUGGCUUUCCUCGUUGUAUGCUUGUAUAUCUUCGCCACGAUUUAUGUGGUCAUAGAUUGGGUUUUCACUAUCUACUACUUUAUCGGGAAAGGAAAAGAAAGCUCUAGUUUUAUUCACAACCUAUACCGUGCAUCGGUAAUCGGGUUUGGUAUAAAUACUGGCAUUGCUGACGGUAUCACGAUCUGGCGCUAUUGGGUUAUCUGGGGCCGUCGUUGGUCAUUUGUUAUACCACCAAUACUACUUUUUCUGGCUCAAGCAGUCUGUGCUGGGUUCGUAUACCAAAGAGGCUUAUACGAUGCUUCAACCGCUCCCGGGACAUCGCGAGAAAUCUUCUGGUUGAUGAUGUUCAUUUCCUUCUCCUUAGGAACCACCCUUUGGUGCACCACACUCAUAAUCUAUCGUAUCCUGACAGUCAAGAAAUAUACAGACGACAGCACGGGUACACGAGUUUACCGCCGAGUCAUCGAGAUUCUAGUUGAAUCUGCCUCGCUUCAUGCCACUGGCUUAAUAGGAUGCAUGAUAUUACUUAAUAUUAAUGCUGUUGCAUCUUUUUACCCGUCGAGCCUCUACAUCGCAAUCACUGCGAUCUCACCCACGCUUAUCAUAGCACGCGUAGCAUCGGGAAAUGCACGUCCUGAUGACAGCUGGCAAGCAAGCAACGGCGCUUCUUCCUUACGAUUUGGGUCUGCAGCUCACUCGACAAGCAUGAAUCCUGGUAGCGAGUUAUCUGCCGAUAUUGACUUGGAACACAGCGGAUCAGAGAUGACUGAUAAUUGCCAGCCCGAGGGCAUUGUCAAUACUGAAAAGGGAGCUGACGUGCCGGAGAACAGGAGAACGGAGGCUGCUUCAGAUCUGUGA